AUGCUGACACUGCUGUCAAACGUCACAGUCUACUGCCUAGACGUAUGUCCGGAGCCCAGCGCCGAGUUUAUUGAAGCCCAGAAACGCAGCAGCACGCCGAGCCCGAGCGCCGGCUCGCUGACGUAUCGACAGCAAGACGUCGCCGACACGGAGGGCCUCGACCGGCAGAUCGCAUCCAUCGCCUCGACGCACGCGCGGCUCGACGGCGUCGUGGCGGCGGCGGGGAUCCAGCAGAUCACGCCGGCGGCCGAGUACACGAUCGAGGACCUCAACCGCAUCAUGGCGGUCAACUACGCAGGCGUCUUCAUGACGGCGACGGCGGCGGCGCGGCAGAUGUUCAAGCACAAGUGCCACGGCAGCAUGGUCUUCAUCGCCAGCAUGUCCGGGUCCGUCGCCAACAAGGGGCUCAUCUCGCCGGCGUACAACUCGUCCAAGGCCGCCGUGCUGCAGCUCGCGCGCAACCUCGCCAUGGAGUGGAGCCCGACGAGGGAGGACGGCAGCGGCGGCAUACGCGUCAACUGCAUCAGCCCCGGCCACAUCUUGACGCCCAUGGUGCUGAAGAACUUUGAGGAGGUCCCGGGCCUCAGGGAGAAGUGGGAGUCGGAGAACAUGAUGGGCCGCCUGGCGGAGACGCGCGAGUUUAAGGGGGCUGCCCUGUUCCUGCUCAGCAACGCGAGCAGCUUCAUGACGGGCAGCAACCUCAUCAUGGAUGGAGGUCACACGGCGUGGUGA